CUCUGGUGUUUGUUCCACAGGAGCUGGUUCCCGCUGCCAGUGUCGGAUCCCCUGUGGAGGAUGAACAGCUCUUCUCCCUUCUCCAGGUUGCUGUCAGAGAGGCCCGUUGCUGCCCUGUGGGGCUGCCAGCUGGACAUGGGCACCCGGACCUGCGUGGUGAUGGAGGACAACGACUUCUUGGAGCACCUGGUCCUGCUGAGAACGAUCUGCCUGGGGGCUGAGGCCAGGGACGAGCUGCACGUGGUGGCUGUUGAUUCCAAAAACACCUAUGGAGACCACAAGCCGGUGCCCAUCGCGGCGCUGCGGACCUCAGUCCUCCCUAUGAUCAGCCUCAGAGGUCUGGAGCUGGUUCCUCCUGUCACCUUUGUGCUCAAGUGUGGAGCUGGACCGGUCUAUCUCAGUGGGCAACACGUCACCCUGGAAGAUGAUGCCCAUGAGGAAGAGCUCUCAGAGGAAGACAUAGGUGAUGAGGAUGAUCCUAGAGCUUCAUAG